AUGAAGCUGUCACGCCGAAAAUGCUGCCUGAAUUAUUCUGACACACAAUAUAUUCCCACCAACACCCACCACUGCUCCACCACACCCGCCUAUCACACCCAGCACUUCCCACCACUCACUCCCUCACGCCACCCACCCAGACCACAUAGUACUACAUUCCCCAUCGCCCCACAAUCCCUUUCCACAACCACCACACCACCAACCACCAGCACUCCCAGCCCUAACAGCGAGGCCACCCAGCCUCUCCUUUCCUUCCAUCCCUCCGACAAAAUCCUCUUCUCUACCUUCAUCCUCAACUCCUCUUACUUCCACCCGACCGACUUACCCCCUCCCCCGAUAAACACGCCCUCCCGAUACCCACCAACCUCCCCCUUAAACCUGCUCAAGCGCUAA